UGAGCCGCGAGACAGCAAGGCUUUCGGGUAAUUCCAAAGAAGGAAAUCGCCAUCAAGAUCCGCGAUAACCGCGCCAGAAUGUUCCUGCUGCCCCAGCAUACCUAUUGAAGGUAUUAUGUCCACGUCGCAUUGAGUGUCCUCGGUACAGGAGAGAGAAGAGAGAAGACAGUGUACAAGCCCGAAGGUUGGAACUACGUGAUGCAUAUCGUCAAAAAGGAUCCCAGGACUUCACAAUCCAACGCUCCCUCCAAAGCAGACGCUGCCAAACGCCAGAACCAUCGUAAGAGUCGAUUUGGGUGUUUUACCUGCAAGAAACGACGUGUCAAAUGCGAUGAAGCCAGACCAGCUUGCAAGAGAUGUAUUGAUUAUAGCGGGGAAUGCAGCGGCUAUGUCACCACUGCAGCUCCUAAUGCUCAACUACAAUUCUCCAAGCCGGAAAAACUUCCAUUGAUCCCAAGAGUAGCUGAGAGAUUGACCGUCACACAUCAACCGAACCAACUCGUGGGAGCCAGCGAUGAAGACAGGAGAGCAUUUGAGUUCUUCCGUUCAGAGACCGGUCCCAUGAUGGCUGGUUACUUCGAGGCAGAUUUCUGGAGCCAUUUCCUGCUCCAGUUCAGCCAUCAUAAACCUGCAAUCUGGCAUUCAGUGCUUGCUUUGAGCGCCUUUCAUGAACAGCGUUUGCUCCACGAGGAUCGACCUAUGCAAAAGGCCGAUUUGGUUCAUCGGAGAUAUGCCCUGCUACAGUAUAACAAAGCUAUCAGUCUUCUCAGGGGCCAGGGUUCGACCGGCAAGGUCCCAACAGAGGUAGUACUUGCGAGCUGUGUGCUCUUUAUGGCUAUCGAAUCAGUUAUGGGAAACGUUCCAGGAGCUGUGAAUCACAUGUCUGGUGGCAUCCAGAUUGUUCGAUUGUGGAAGAAAGAGAGAGCCAAACCGGGAUCAUCAUGCUCAAGUUCAAAGUUCAUUGAAAACAAUCUCAUUCCCAUUUUCGAACACUGGAACCAAACCACAUUCACUCAUGGCCGAGCUGCACCGCCAAUCUCGGAAGUGGAAUUGGCCUUGGAUGAGCCAGAGUCUGAAUGGUUUGCCAACAUUCUCGAAGCCAAUGCGUCUUUGCUCAGGGUCAUCAGAAAUGCACAGCAAUUCACAAUCACCUUUGGACGUUCCGAUGAAGAUGUGGACAUUGCCCAGAAACAUGCCGAGGUGUUCCAAAAACACCGUCUCCUGUUCCGACUUCAACGAUGGGAGGCAGCCCUCAAAGAGCUUCUGGCCCGCCCAAGCAUGGCGCACAUCAGCACCAGGGAUCGAAGAGCAAUCGCUCUUCUUCGCGUUCGACACAAUGUCGUCUGGAUUGCCAUCUCAAACGCCAAACCCGCUGACGAAACAAGCUUCGACGCCUUUCUUACUAAUUUCGAAGAAGUGGUAAACCUCGCUGAGUCUGCCGUCGACACUGAAUGUGUGACGUCUUGGACUCAACGCUGGGCCAAUGUCAACUUCCAGGCACACAAUAUCCCCCAUUUACAUUUGACUGCCACUAAAUGCCGGAAUCCGACCAUUCGACGCAAGGCGUUGGCGUUGUUGAAAGGGUCGUUCACUGGGCAGCGAUUGUGGAACAUCGAUAGUGCGAUCAUUGUGGCUGAGAGAGUCGUGGAACUUGAAGAGGAGGGGUUGGAGGAUUUAAUAGAUGCGAAAGGGGAUGUGGUGCCGUCGGAAUGGGCUCGAAUUCAUGAGAUUAAGACUGAACCGGCAACGAUUGAUGGCCAUCGAUCAGAGCUGGUUACUUUCAAACGAAAGAUGGGUGGGAAGGGGGAACACUGGAGAGAAAAGAAAGAGUACAUCGGAGUUGCAGAUUUCUCGUGGUCUGAACUCAGGAAUCGCCUCAUAAAUCCAGAGAGUUCAGAAGCAGAAGCAGAACCAGGAACCUGGAGUGGUCUCAAGCAGUUGACCUAGGCUAGCCAGCUCUUAGGACCUCGAAUCACUUCAAGUUGCCAUUGAAUCGUGCCCUGAAACCUAGAGGCAUCCUCGUCCCUUCCAGUUUCAAAGCCGCCGAACAGCACUCUGCAACGGCUUUCCCAAUUGGUAUCCUGUCGAUUCUCAGAUUGUCGAAAUUUCAGGCGAUAAACGAACCCCUGGGAGGUCAGGAGGAAGCUAGUGAAGAUAGGGGCAAGUUGCGGCGCCGGCCUGCGUUUUCGGGGAUAGCUUCAGCCUGUCACUGCUAAUCUGAAACAACGGGGGGCCUGAAGAGCCUAUCAGUUGAGAGUGGAAGAAUAAUGUAACGAGCCUGCGGACAUUAGUCUGUGUUUUCAGGCCCAUUCUCCAAGUUAUCGCGAAUGCUUCCCAGUUUUGAGAGAACAAGGAAUAAUUAGAACUAAAUAUUUCAUGAGCUGAGAUUUUGGAAGGUAGUGAAGGUUUCGAUUAGAA